GGAGAAGGUGGCGGAGGCGGCGGCGCUGGAGGGGGACCCCGGCCCAGUGACCCCCAGCAGGGCCCCCGGCUCUCUUGGCCAGAAGGAGGAAGCCCCCCUUGGUCAGGAGGGAAAGAAGGCCCCCAAGCUCCUCAGGGUCCCUUGCGAGGAAGAAGACCCCAGGCCACCCUUGCUCCCUCGGCCAGAAGAAGAAGGCCGCCUUUGGUCCUUUGACCAGAAGAGAAAGAAGUUCCAGGCCCCCCUUGGUCCUCUGACCAGAGGAAGACGACCCCCAAGACACCCUUGGUCCCCUGGCCAAAGGAAGAAGACCCCAAGCUAGUCAGCGUCCCUUGACCAGAGGAAGAAGACCCAGAAGCCGCCUUGGAUCUCUUGACCGGAGGAGGAAGACCUCCCAAACGCCCUUGGUCCCUUGGCCCAAAGAAGGAGACCUCAGACCACCUUUGACCAAAGGAAGAAGACCCCCAGGCCGCCUUUGCUCUCUUGGUUAGAAGAAGAAGAAGAUCCUCAGGCCACCCUCGACCCGAAGAAGAAGAAGGAGAAGACCCUCCUCAGGUCAGCCUUGGUCCCUUGACCAGAAGAAGAAGGAGGAGACCCAGAGGAGGAAGAGGGGCCCCCUGGACUGUGGGGGCCGGAGGGACCCCCUUGCCCUCCCUGGCCUCAGGAUGGACAGCCGCAUCCUGGAGCACCCGCACGCCCAGUUCGGGGGCAUGGUGGGCUUCCCUUACCCGCUGGGCCACCACCACCACGUCUACGAACUGGCCGGCCACCAGCUCCAGUCCGCCGCCGCCGCCGCCGCCGCCUCGGUGCCCUUCUCCAUCGACGGAUUACUCAACGGCACUUGCGCCGCCGCCGCCGCCGCCGCUGCCGCCGCCGCCUCGGUCCUCAACCCGAAUCCGCUGCUUCCCGGGGGCUGCGGCGGCGGAGGAGGAGCCGGGGAGGCCGGGCAGCCCUUCAAGCUCAACGGUGAGUCCGGCCAGGGGCCUCCGGGGGAGAGGAAAG